CGCGGGCUUCGUUUCAUGGACCGCAGCCAUGAUUAGAACCUUUGUGUCGCUGCUCUUAGCUCUCCAGACCGUUGCCCCGGUGGACGGUGACAAUGUCCUGUCCAGACAAAAGAGGCACUGGGUCCCACCGCCCAGACCUCUCAAGGAAAACACGGACUACUCCAACGAAGAAUACGUGGCCAAAAUCCACUCGGACUUCGACGACGGCAAGGGUAACCUGGCGUACUCCCUGGAGGGCGUGGGCGCCAACCAGUACCCCUUCCACCUGUUCGUGGUGGACCCCAGAACGGGGUACAUCAAGCUGACCAAAAUGCUCGACAGGGAGGAGUACAGCAUGUACAACCUGUCGGGCGUGGCGACCUACACGGACGGCCGGCAGGCGGAGAAAAACAUCGACAUCCGCUUCCGUGUGGUGGAUGAGAACGACAACUCUCCGAUCUUCGACGUCAUCCCGGCCGGCGCGGUAUUUGAGCGCAGCAGCGUAGGGACGUCCGUCAUGAAGAUCACGGCGACUGACGCCGACGAGCCCGGAAAUCCCAACUCGCAGAUCGCGUACACCCUGGUCGCUCAGGAACCGGCGGACGACAUGUUCUACAUGGAGAGCGACGGCACCGUCUACGUCAAAAGGAGCAACUUGGACAGAGAGAAAUCCGAGCAGUACACGCUUACGGUGAAAGGUCAGGACCUCAACGGCGCGCCAGGCGGGAACAGCGCCACCGGCACCGCGGUGGUGAAACUGCACGAUGUCAACGACAACCUCCCCACCCUGGAACACAGCAAGUACGAGGGCAACGUUCUGGAAAACACGCAGGGAGUGGAGGUCAUGCGGAUCAAAGCUGAAGACUUGGACCUGGUGGACACGGAAAACUGGCAAAGUGUCUUUAAGAUCGUCAAGGGCAACGAGGCCCAGUACUUCAGCAUGAUCACCGACUCGAAGACCAACGAGGGCGUACUCAUGCUCGAUAAGGCUGUGGAUUAUGAGGAUGUGAAAAACCUGGACCUGGGAAUCGUCGUGCUGAACACGGCUCCGCCUUUUGACCCAUCCAAUCCACCCACAGCGAGCAUAGGUUUUGGUGGAGGAGGAGGAGGAGGAGGGGGAGGCGGUGGGGGAGGAGGAGGAGGAGGCGGGGGAGGAGGAGGUGGAGGUGGAGGAGGCGGCGGAGGCGGUGGAGGAAGUAGCACGAGUUGGUUAGAAGGUUUCACCACCGGCAUGACGAGUACGUCUGGAGGAGUGAGUUGGAAAGGGACCACGUACAAAACCUAUCCCAUCAAAAUUAAUGUCAAGAACCAGCGUGAGGGUCCGCACUUUGACCCCAAAGUCAAAGUGAUCAGUAUGUCGGAGGGAGGCAGCUCCACAUUCAACAUGAACAACAUCAUCACUCGCUACGCAGCGCUGGACGGCGACACCGGCAAACCGGCCGAAAACGUCAGGUAUGUUAAAGGUUUGGAUCCUGACAACUGGCUCACCAUUGACCCGAAGACCGCAGAUAUCAGACUGAACAAGAUGCCUGACCGAGAGUCCACUUUGUUGGUGAAUGGGACCUACUACGCCAAAGUCCUCUGCAUUUCUGAAGAUGCGCCAUCAACCACCGCCACCGGGACCGUGGCCAUCCAGGUGGAAGACUUCAACGACCACUGUCCCACACUGACCAGCACGCGCCAGACUCUUUGCAUUCCCGACGACGCCGUCAUUGUCACUGCCGUCGAUGAAGAUGACUUCCCCAACGGGGCUCCUUUCACCUUUGAAAUCAUCCCAGAGGGCACAAAGGGAAAAUGGCAGGUGGAGCAUCUCAAUGAUACUUCAGCCAUUCUGAGGGCUCAGGACUCCUUAUGGCCUGGUCUCCACGAGGUGGAAUUAUUGGUGAAAGACGAGCAGGGGGUGGCGUGCCCCGAGCCCCAGAAGGUGACGGUCCCGGUGUGCACCUGCGAGGACGGAGUGAUUUGCGGAAGCCGAGGUGGAAGAGGUCAGCCCGACAAGAGUUCCGUGUUAGGACCCGCGGGCAUCGGACUGCUGCUACUGGGUCUGCUGCUGCUGCUGCUUCUCCUUCUCCUGUUGCUCUUCUGCCAAUGUGGUGCCGCUGCAGGCCUACCGGGAAAAUUUACCGAUCUGCCAUUUGACACCAAAUCACACCUCAUUAAUUAUCGCACCGAGGGCCAAGGAGAGAACACGGAGGUGCCGCUCAUGACAAUGCCGACACAAGUGGACACCGUCGACGUCUCGAAAAACGACGGCGGAUUGUUCACCUCCGUGGAUACGAUGAACAGGACCGGCUUUCACGACGAGUUCUUGGGUGUCAAAAGAGAUACCGUGAUCGGAACGAGGAAUAAUCAAAGGUUUUACUCGCAGUUCCAAAGAGAGUCAGGAGCAGCUUACGACGACAUUGGCCUGCCACAACAUAUCCUCGCACAGUACUAUGCUCAGAAGUUGAGCAGCGGAGGAGAGGACCUGGCAGUGAAGGACGCCCUCUUGGUGUACGACAACGAGGGCCAAGGCUCCUUGGCCGGCUCUGUGGGCUGCUGCAGCCUCCUGGAGAAUGACAACGACCUGCAGUUCCUCGACGAUCUCGGCCCCAAGUUCAAGACCCUGGCGGAGGUGUGCGGCGGCAGGAAGAUCCAGUCAGAUGUUCCCCCACCGCCCGUAAAGGCCGCGAUUGAACCGAUGCCCGAACUGCCCAUGCCCAAACUGCCACCAGUUCUCCCCAAAGUAGACCAGACUGUGACUCAAGUGGUGAAAGAAAACACGACUACGCGGAAACAAGGGAGGGCCGCAGUGAUCGAAGGGGUGGAAAACCCAGGCCAAAUGUUCCUGCUCCAGCAGCAGCAGCAGCCGGUCUACUACACCGCCGCCGCCCCUGUGUUGCAACCAAUGCAGUAUGUGGUCCAGCCGCAAGUCCAAAACACCAUGCUCCUGGCUGAGGCCCCAGCUACAAACCUCCAGGGCAUGAUGGUGGCGGCUCCGCAGGGCAUGCUAGUGCAAGGACAAACAGUGGUGUCCAGUGGACAAAGCCAAGCCCCCGGUGUGGUGCUGCUUUCCGGCACCCCAGGAUCACCUACGCAAGGCAUGAUAGUCCAAGGACAGACGAUGGUAUCCGGUGGACCAGCCCAGGGCCCUGGGCUGGUGCUGGUAACUGGUACCCCGGGGUCAUCCACACAAGGCACAUUAGUCCAAGGAAAAGUAGUUUCUGGGAAAAAAGCCCAAGGUCCUGGGCUGAUGCUGGUGACUGGCACUCAUGCAGGAACAUUACCAAGUGUGACAAUUAAGGGAAAAUCCUCAGUAGCCAGCGGACAAGUCCAAGUCCAAGUCCCCCAGAGCGCUACUGGCAACCUGAUCAACGCUGGGACCCUCUCAAGCUCCCAGACCAUCAUAGGGAACAGCGCCCCCGCAGGGAAAGUGUUGAGGACGAGCCAGACAUCCAUCAAACAAGGGGGGAUCCGACUCCCAGACCUCGGCUUGCCCCAGAUGAGCAACAUCUCUGGAGUUCAGAGCGCCGCGAUGACGUCGUCCGCCACCGGCAUAAGUAGAGUACCGACAUACCGCAAGGUGGUGGUACAGGAAGAGAAGCUCACUGAACUGUGACACGGGGGAAAUGACUC